AUGUCGCCGAGCGCGGUGCGGCACGUGUUCCUCACCGGUCAGCCCGGCGUGGGCAAGACCACGUUGGUCCUCAAGGCAAUCGACGCGCUGAAGACGUCGCCGCGGACGAUCGGCGGCUUCAUCACCACCGAACGACGCGACGGACGCGGCGAGCGGUGCGGCUUCGACGUCGUAACCGUGGGGAUCGACCCGCCGUCCUCCGGCACCCUCGCCACCAAGGCUGCCGCGGGGUCCAGGCCCGGCAAGGGCGUCCCCGCGGUGGGUAACUACGUCGUCGACGUCGCCGACUUUGAGCGCGUCGCGUUGGACGUCCUCGGAAGAGACGCCGAUGGUCCGGGACGUCAAAGGCCCGACGUCACCGUCGUGGACGAGGUUGGAAAGAUGGAGCUCCACUGCGUCGAUUUCCUCCCCGCCGUUCGCAGAGCGAUGGAGGAUGAAUCCACGACGGUCUUCGGCACGAUACCCAUGCCGAGGUACGGACGAACCGUGCCCGCGGUGGAGGCGGUACGUCACGACCCGCGCGUCGCGGUGGUGCACGUGAGACGGGAGAACAGGGACGCCGCCGCCGUCGCCGUGGCUAAAGCGCUGCGAGAUGGACAUCUUGACAUCGACGCGUUGGUGCCGUUCCUGCAGGAGGGCCAAGCCGCGAAGCUGGGCCUGGCGAUGGAUGGUGGGGAUGGGGAUGGGGUGCCGACUGAUGGGGUGCCGACUGAUGGGGAUGGGGAUGGGGAUGGGGAUGGGGACCGGCGGGUGUUGGGUCGGGAGGAGCCGGAGGGAUGCCCCUGCCUCCUCGGCGGCGCACACGCGGCUCGCUUCCGCCCCGAGUGUUUCACGCCGGGAGACCUCCCGGACGUCGAACCCCGCGUGCUGCUCCUGGGCGAAACGUCGUCGCCCAAGCCGGCGGGAGGUUCGGCGCUGGCGAUGUACGAGGGGCGAAGCAUGUGGCGGGUCAUGGAACGUUUCCUCUUAUCGGCGUCCGACGAGGAAAAAGGUUCAUCCGUGUGCGACCACGCGACGCUCGUCAAGGCGGCCGUGCGGAGCGGCGUCGCCGUGUGGGACGUGCUGGCCGAGGUGCACGAAACGGCCGCACGAAACGGCUCGCGUCGGACGAAACGGGCGAAAACGGCCGCCGAUGGGGCUUCCAACGACGUCGUGGGUCUGUUGGAGCGCGUUCACACGAUCGAGUCGGUGUGCUUCAUCGGCGCAAAGGCGAGAGUCGCGUUUGCGAAAAACUUCGGCGGGGACAAAAACGACGCUUCGAUCACGGUGGAGAACGUCGGGCCCGCGGGUGGGGGAGUUUCCCGGGAGGUUUCGUUGAUCGUCCUGCCGAGCUCGAGCCGGGCGAACGCGCGGGUGUCGAUGGAGCAGAAGGCGCGCGCGUGGAGGGAGGCUCUGUCGCGGUGA